CGACAUCUUUGGACCCUCCUCAUUUGUUGUCUUCACAACGCUGUUUGGAUGGAAAAGUUUGCAGACCUGGAAGUCCAUCUCCCAGAUGGCACAAUCCGGGGUAUCAAAAUGGAGUACCAAAACAAAAGCAUACGUGCUUAUCGAGGAAUUCCAUUCGGAAAAGCUCCUUUGGGAAAAUUAAGAUUCCAGAUUGCAGACCUUAUAGUCGAUACCACGGAUGGGAAAGUUCGGGGCUCCGAAGUUAUAUACCAGAACAAAAGCAUAUACGCCUUUCGAGGAAUCCCAUUCGCGAAACCUCCCUUAGGAAACUUAAGAUUUCAGGCUCCGGUACCGGCGGAACCAUGGGAGGGUGUUUUGGAUUCAAACAAUACGGCCGUAUGUUGCAUUCAACUUGAUGGUCCCUCAACCCUAACUAACCAAACGGUUAAUACGACAACCCAGUUGCUGCAACAAAGUGAAGAUUGCCUGCAUAUUAACGUCUUCACUCCCAAUGUAAACAAUACCGAGUUGUUACCGGUAAUGUUCGCCAUAUACGGGGGCGGUUUUAAAGCAGGAUGUGCUACAGACGCGGUUCUAGUCCCUUACAAAUUAGUAAAUGAAGGCGUGAUAGUAGUAAUGGCGAACUACAGAUUAGGAGUUUUUGGUUGGUUAUCUACGGGAGAUAAUGUAAUCCUAGGAAACGCCGGCUUCAAAGAUCAGUUAUUGGCUUUGAAAUGGGUCCAAAAAAAUAUUGAACAAUUCGGCGGUGACCCGAAAAAAGUUACCAUAUUCGGAGAAAGCGCUGGAGGCAUAUCCAUUGGGACACAUAUCGUCAAUAAGAAGUCUGCUGGAUUAUAUCGAGCUGCAAUAUGCCAAAGUGGAUGCACUUUGUUCAAAAUAGAAUUAGCAUCGCAAGAUAACCCCAAACAAAUUGCUUACAACCUCGCCAAAUUUAUAGAUCCCACGAUUUCAGAAAGAAAUACUACUACUCAAAUAAAAGACUUUCUUCAGAGUCAAUCUGUCGAUGUGUUAAGUCAAGCUUUUCUUGCGGAUCCUCAAACUGGACCGAUAAUCGAAGUAGAAGAUUCAGAUGCUUACGUUACUGAAGUAGCUUUUCCCCUCUUGGAAUCCGGAAAUUUUAACCAAGUCCCCCUCAUAAUCGGAACUACAUCUGCCGAAGGUCUCAUGUGGUAUGAAGACUGGAGUGCCCUUGAAGCAACUGCACUAAAAUACGAUACCAACAUCCUCAGUUUGAUACCCUACGAUUUGAUACCCUUAGAUGGUGUGGAUUUGAACAAAGUUGCAAAUAUAAUAAAAGAAACAUAUGUCGGCAACUCCGGAUCAUUUUCAAAAUCAUUAGCAGCCGUUAUAGAGUAUGACAGUGACACCAUGUUUGUAACAUCAGCAUUAAAGCAAGCGGAACUCCAGUCGAAAUAUACGCCCGUCUACUUUUACGAAUUCUCCUAUGAAGGUAUCGUCAGCAUAUUUCACAUUAAAGUCGAAGGUACGGAGGGCAAUGUUAUGCACACUGAAGACAACUAUUAUAUCUAUCCAUUCUUGAUACUACCAUCAACGAAAGAAGACAGUUUGACGGGAGAUAAACUAGUUAGACUUUGGACAAACUUUGCGAAAACACUAAAUCCCACUCCUGACCAGUCGGAUCCACUUCUUAACGUAACCUGGCCGCAAGUUUCGCCUAUGGAUAUUCAGUACUUAGACAUUGGCAAAACGCUGGAUAUUAAAAGAGGCAGGAGGGCUAAAGAGUUCGCCAUGUGGAACGAAACUUACUAUACUUACGGCAAACAACCUUUUAUAGGAUUUUAAAAUAUGUUUAAUCGAAAAAUAUA